AUGCAGAGGGCUUGGGACGGCGCGGCUCCCCCUCGCCUGGGCUGGCCCCCGCCCACCGCACAGGAAGCGGGGAGAGAGUGGCCCCCACCCCACCUAGGAAUGUCUAGUCCCCAGGCCUCAUGCCCGGCACAGGGGACCUCGGUCGGCACUCAAGUUACUUCCCCUGUAGUAGAGGAGGAAGACCACAUAAGCGGUGCCAAUACAGAGUGCCAAGUGUCACACGGUCAGCUUGCCAGUUUCUUCCUGACUGAAGAUCACAUCCACCCCCAGAUGAAUGAAUUUUCCUGGAAGGAUGUUACCAAUGCCUUGUCCCUGGCCAACAUGAUCCUGGGGCUCUUCUCUAUCUUCUGCAGCUUCUGCAAGAAAUCCCCCUGCGCCUCCUGGUUGCUUUUGGUCGGCUUUCUGUUAGACAUGGCUAUCGGAGCAGUGACCAGACACCUCAACAUCUGCUCCAAGUCAGGAGCUGAGCUGAAUGACUUUGCUGUCUUCACCACCUUUGGCCUGGCAUCAGCCCUGCUUCUAGGCGUGGAUGGGCCUCUGAAUGGGUUCCUCGCCAUCAUCUAUGUGUUAGCUAUUUCCUUCCGCCUCUGUUUUUAUUCAACUGGCAUUCCUUUCACAUACAAGGGUCUACCCUGCCCCUAUGCUUCCUGUGUUUUGGCCUCCACCUCCCUUCUGACCAACGGCAACACGUUCAUUCUCUCUUGCAUGGCCUGUCUCAUGAUUCUGUUCAUGAUGGAUCAGAGCUACUACCCACAUGACGAAAUCCUGGAGUCUGAGAACUGGAAAAAAAUGGUCUAUCUGGGAGGUGUCAUCAUGCUGUUUUUGUCUCCAUUCUCGCUAACCGCUUUUUACUGCCUGAUGUGGUCACUCUCCUACAUCUUCUUUCCAGAUGCUCUGUGGGGCAAGGCAGCAUGUCUUAGGCUACAGCACCGAAGAUACUAAACAGCUCUACCCGCUUCCACUCUCCCACUGGCCUCGGUGGGGUCUCUGCCAGCAUGUUGGGCCAAGCCUUGCCUUAUCCUCACUAAAUCUUUGCCUUGUCCCUCUGUUGUGCAUGUGCUCAAUACAUGUUGCCUUGAACCCGAGCAACCUACAGUAGGGCCAGCGGCCGUUACUUCUUCCUCUUUAUUCAGGGUUCUGAAUCCCUUGGGGACAGUAGUUGUUUAUGUCAUACAGAACAGAAUUUUUUCCAAGCUGAAUUUGACCCAGGUUUGAGUUCCAGCUCUGUUAUCAGCUGGGUCACUUUGUGCACCAAGAUUAAUUCUUUGGAAAUGAGUGAAACCCUUCAGAACUGGUAUAGCCUCCACCCUGGCCCUGCCAAACUGUAAUUACUCUAGUGGUGAGGUGGGGCUUACUAACGUGUUCCUUAAACGUGCAGACUCUGGCCUGUAGUGCAGAGCUAACAGCAGGACCAUCACGUU